GGGGCGGGACAGUGGGCGGGACAGGGGGGGCAGAGCUGAGAGCGAGGAGACACGGCUGACUUCUCCGUGCCACACAGAUUUAUUGCCCACAUCAUGCUUGGAGCCAGCUAUAAACUCUGUCUUCUGCUCUUGUGCCAUCAAGUUAUCUCCUUGGAAGGCCACACUGAAGGACAUUAUGUAGCUGCUGUCUAUGAACAUCGGUCAAUACUGAGUCCCAACUCUACUGCCCUUACAGACAGAGAAUCAGCGUUGAGACUGAUGAACCAGAACCUAGAUCUGUACGAAGAGCAGAUAGUGGCUGCGGCAAAGGAGGGUGUGCAGAUUAUUGUCUUUCCAGAAGAUGGGAUUCAUGGAUUCAACUUCACCAGAGAUUCCAUUUACCCAUUUCUGGACUUUGUGCCAUCUCGCCAGUCUGGGAAGUGGAACCCGUGCCUGGAACCACACAAGUUCAGUGACACGGAGGUCCUCCAGCGCUUGAGUUGUAUGGCUGUCAUGGGCCAGAUGUUCCUGGUGGCUAACCUGGGAACCAAGCAGCCUUGUGACACCAGUGACCCCCGAUGCCCGUCUGAUGGACGAUACCAGUUUAAUACUAACGUCGUGUUCAGUGAUAAUGGCACUUUUGUCGCCAGCUAUCGCAAGCAAAACCUCUACUUUGAAUAUGCUUUUGACGCUCCUUCUGAAGUUGAUCACAGCACCUUUGAUACACCUUUUGCUGGCAAGUUUGGCAUUUUUACUUGCUUCGAUAUAUUGUUCUUCGAACCUGCUGUGAGCCUUGUGAAAGACUAUGGAGUAAAACAUAUUGUAUUUCCAGCUGCUUGGAUGAAUCAGCUCCCACUCCUGGCAGGUAUUGAAAUUCAACAAGCUUUUGCAGUUGCUUUCAACGUCAAUGUUCUGGCAGCAAAUAUCCACCACCCAUCCUUGGGCAUGACAGGCAGUGGCAUACAUACUCCUCAGAAGUCUUUUUGGUACCAUGAUAUGGAAAACCCUGAAGGCAAACUGACAGUAGCCCAGAUAGCUAAAAACCCACUAGAUGUAGGCCUACUGUGGAAUGGCACAAGUAGAAUUCAUGAGUCCCACAGAAAAUUCUCAUCAGAAGAUCCUAAUUGUGAGAAUGACCCAGAUGCUCACUGUAGUGAAUCCUCAAAAUGGAACCCAAAGAUGCCACCUUUAUUUCACUCUGAGAUGAUGUAUGACAAUUUCACUCUUGUACCUGUUUGGGAAAAUCGAGGCAGCCUGCAGGUCUGUGCCAAUUCCCUCUGCUGUCAUUUGGAUUAUCAGAGGCACAUUUUAUCCAAUGACUUCUAUGCUCUUGGGGUCUUUGAUGGUCUUCAUACAGUACAUGGCACUUACUACGUUCAGUGUGCCCUGGUGAAAUGCGGUGGCCUCCAUUUUGAGACCUGUGGACAGGAGAUAACAAAUGCUAUUGAUACUUUUGACUUUCACCUCUGGGGAAAUUUCAGUACUCCCUUUGUGUUUCCUAUAUUAUUGACUUCUGGAAUGACACUGGAAUCUCCAGGCCAACUGGGCUGGGAAGACAACUAUUACUUCAUGAGGAAAAAUCAGUUGUCUUCAGGCUUAGUGACAGCUGCUUUGUAUGGACGCUGGUAUGAGAGGGAUUAGUAGAACCAACUAGUCCAUUGAAUGGGUACUAGGUUUGUGCUCAAGGUCAUAUUGAUUGGUAAAUACAUGACUGGUGUUCAAAAUGGAAAACAAAAAUCAUCAUCACUGUUCUGAGCUCAAGGGGACAGAGACACCAACUGAGUCCUCAGUCGCUGCUGCAUCCAAUGAUAUAAGCCAUAGGAAUGUUUGCCCCUAAUGGCACACACAGUCUCCUUUCUGUUCUACCAGGAUGUCAUUUGGCACCAUGGAAAGAAGUAGUAUCAUGGGUAGAUCCCCUUGGUUCCAUUUCUUUUAAACAUAAAUUCCAGAGACAGUCUCAAGUAACUUAUGGUCGAUGUCCUUUAAAAGCUACUGACUGUUUAAAACCAAAAUAAGCACCAUUUUCUCAUGCACGUUCAUAAAGCAGCAUUUUGGCUUUUUUUGGGUCAUAUUAUUAAUUAACACACUCAAGCAAAAGUAUUUUAGAAGCUAGAAUGUUUCUUAAAAUAAUGAACAAAUGUGGGAUGUGCAGUCUGUUUCCUGUAGACAUACAUCUUCUACACAGACUGAAGUAGAAGUACAUUGAGAUGCCACACCUAGAACAAUAGUGGCUGUAUCAGAAAUGGGUGUGUAAAAUAUUACUGAAUAAAAAAGAAAGCACAGCAUGACAGGGCUUCCUCACAUCCACAUUUCUCAGGAAGAAGGAUGUUUGAGGAAAAACCUGACAGGAAAUUUGAAAGUGCUGUGUGUCAAGAUAUCAGGGGACACCCUGCUUUUCCUAGAGUUAUGGCCUAGCAAGCAGGCUGUACACUGAGCUUGGCAUAACAACAAUCCUUUGUGCUCACUCCUGACAAAAUGCAUUGCUUUGAUCAGCCCUAGAUGUUCUCUGAGGGAUUUAUGAUUUUCAUAUUAAUUGAUAACUAUUUAGAUUUGUUGGAGCUUCCCUAUUUCCUAGGGACCCGAGGGCCAGAAGCAGCCAACAUGUUGUAGCAGAAAGCAAUCAAUCACACCUCCUGACACUCUGAACAAUCCCUAUGCUUGUAACUGCUAAGUGAGCUGAACCAGGUGCUGCACUCCUGCUCCUGUCACAAUAACCCUGGGCCUGUACCCCACUGAAUGAUCACAAGGUUCAAUGACCCUUAAGACUUGAGUCCAUUUAGGGCCUGCCAAGGGAACUGUUCAUUCAAGACCCAAGAAUGACUGUGUUGGCUCCUGCCCUUUUGUGGUUUUCAGGGUUAAAAACCCUCCCCCCACUACAAGCCACCAAGCCCUUCUUCCUAGGAGGACUUUGGUUUGCAAACCUGCUUUCCUUGCUUUGAAAUUAGAUUUUUGCUUGAUUCCUGACCCUCCUGUCUCUAGCCUGCUUUUUGGCUCUGGCCACCCACAGGUUAGAGACCAGUUCCAGUCCAGUUGACAAGUGUCAUGAGGGGAAAACAAGACAGUGGGAUGAGAAGGGAGCAUCAAUGGGCAGCUGUGAGUGUGAAAAUUCUGCCUGUAAGGCUUUGGUUUCCUCUGGGACUUCUGAUGGCACUAAUAAAUCCCUUAGCGUUUCUUUUACAGAUGGUUUACAAUUGUUGGUGUAAUUCAAUCAUGAGCCCUUGAGGAAGGCCUCACUUUCUUAAAGAGGCUGAGCAAGGUUGAGAUUCAAGAUAGUUGCGCCAAUUGGGGAUGCCAGGAAUUUUAGGCACUGUUGUAAAAUUGAAGCAUUUAUUAUAACAUUUAAUACAUAAUGUAUGAAAACAUUUAAAAAUAUUUUUUCUUUACCACUGGGGUGAAACUUUUCAAAGCCAUUUGAAAAACAAUUUUAACGUUAUUCCUAAUAAAUGUUUAAAUUGAAUGAUUUCAGAUUA